GUUUGCAUUCAGCGGUGCGAGAAAGGAGGAGAAGCAGCCCCUGGCCAGUCCCAAAUGCGCUCUCCCUGCUGUUACUCGUCCCCUGGUUGUUGUAGUAAAUAAGUGCCGGGGGGCCGAGGAGGAAUCGUCUGAAUAAUAGGAAUUCUCAUCGUCACUUAAACAAACCAAUCGCGAGAUGCGAUGCCGGUUUGGUCGCUUAGGCCCUGCGCUUUGACCCGGACCGGGAGAGCACGAUAAUGUGAAGCAGAUUGGCAGCCGGCGAGAGACUCUUGCAGAGGCCCCGGUCACAAACCCGCCCGUCCACCCCCGAGCUGCUGCUCCGGCUUAACGCAACAAGAGCCCCCAAGCCGCACUUCGCUGAGAAAACAACCCAGGAAGUGACAAGCCCAUUUCCUUUCUCCGGGAGGAUCAGUCCAAUACAGCACCGCCGUUUCGGCAGGGGAGUCCUGGAGCAACCUUGGCAAGAUUGCGGAGCUUCCCGCAGGGACACGCGCGCGACGGGGCGGCUUGGUGACGCGGAGUCCCAAGUCCUCUAGCCGGGGUAGGAGGGAGACCAUGGCAGAAGCCAUCUCUGGUGACUAAGGAAACAAAGAACAUCGCUGAAGGAUUUUGGAUACCUGUGCAUUUCAAAGAGGUUGAAGACUUUGAAGCAUUUUGUGUCAAGCCGCCCAGUUUGCAAAACAGAUGGGAUUUGGUUCUACCAAACCUUUCUUCUGGGAAAAUGCACUGAAUCAGAGGCUGUGCCUAAUAUGGCUGGUUUUGACCUUUACCUCUACUGGAAUGGACCCCAAUGCAUGACUUCGUUACCAUGGUGAUGAUCUUAACGACAACUCUGGAAAACAAAGGUGCUGAUUCUCUAUCAUGCAGGGCUGAGUUGCACACUCCAAAGAAGAUGAGUCAAGGACCCACUCUCUUUUCUUGUGGAAUUAUGGAAAAUGACAGAUGGAGAGAUCUCAGUAGGAAAUGUCCCCUUCAGAUCGAUCAGCCAAGCACCAGCAUUUGGGACUGCCUGCCUGACAAAAGCGAAGAAAACGCCAUCUGGCAGAGAGAGGCAGCUAGCACAUGCGCAGUGACCAACUUGAUCAAAGACCUCAGCCUCAGUGACCGCAAUGGCAAUCCCUCAGCACCUCCCAGCAAACGCCAGUGUAGGUCGCUCUCUUUUUCUGAUGAGAUGUCUAGCUGUAGGGCUUCGUGGAGGCCUAUAGGAUCAAAGGUUUGGACUCCUGUAGAAAAGAGACGGUGUUACAGUGGCGGAAGUGUCCAGCGCUAUUCCAAUGGAUUCACCACCAUGCAGAGAAGUUCAAGCUUUAGCCUUCCUUCCAGGUCAAACACUCUUUCCUCAUCCUACGACCAGUCUGCAUUUAGCAACAGAUUAGGAUGUCAGCCAUGCCAAGGAAUGAGAAGGUCAGCCACUUAUGGGCAGGCGAGUGAUAUCUGGGGCAGCGACCACGGCUCUAUAGAAGGUGGCAGGGUUGACAUCCAGCGGUCUCUCUCCUGCUCCCAUGAUCAGAUUUCUUUUUCGGAAUAUUGCCUGCCCUCAGCCAGCAGCACACCUGCCUCAACCCCAGAGCUGACAAGGCGCUCCAAUGGGCUUUCCCGAAGCCGGUCCCAGCCAUGUGUCCUUAAUGACAAGAAAGUUGGAAUUAAACGACGGCGGCCUGAAGAAGUAAAGGAACAAAGACCUUCACUGGAUCUUGCCAAGAUGACCCAGAAUUGUCAGACUUUUAACAGCCUUAGCUGCCUUAGCAUCACAGUGGAUGAUUGCUCUCACCAGAAUCAGUUCUCACCUGGCAUCGGCGGCACCAAGUCAUGGACAACAGCAUCCCUUUGCACCUUGGACGUCAUGCCAGGCAGGACACCAGCCUGCACCCCUGUGCCAGAGCCACACUCAAACGCAGAAGAAUGUAAAUCUAGCAAAGAAGAUUUCUCCUACGAGGAAUCAGAGUUUUGUGCCACAGAAGACGAGAGCAGUAGGAAAGAAGAGGACAACUCCUCAUGGAGGAACAGUGGGACAGGAGGGGAUAACAUCUUUCAGUUGGAUGGCGAAUUAGAUAUUGAGCAGAUAGAAAACAACUGAGAAGACAAAGUGGGAUGAUCUGUCUGCAUCCAACCUUUUAGGAGUGGUAAGAUCACACAGGUUGUUAAUGCAGGCAGGAAAGGAAGUCCACAUUUUUCUUCCCCACUGAUGGGUGGGAGAGGACAAGAAGCUUUGCCAAAAUUUCAUCAGGUAUCUUGUUAAACCUUGAAACUCUUUUAGAACUACUGUAGCCCGUGAGGUUUUGCAAACAUACUUUAGAGAAAACCUCCAAAUUAUAUCAGCACAUUAAAAAACAAAAAGCUUUGUGGAUGAAUCAAAACUUGAAAUUGUGGAAUUUUAGAAUAAUAGCAACUAAAAUGUUUUUUUUUUAAGUGUCUGGAACAGGGCUUAAACAAAAAGUAAGGAAAGACCAGAAAGUCUGUUGCUUGGCUUCAUUCACAAAUAGGCAAUGUCAAUAUCUAGACAGGCAGCGGGUUCAUCCUGGUUCAUGGGAAUCCUGAUCCACUUUGGCUUUUGGAAAAGAGUAGAAUAUUCAUUUUUAUUUUUUUGCUGUUGGGCAAUAUUCAUUGUAAACUGCACCUCAGAUAUCCUUAUUAAAGGGAAUGGGCAAGAUGGAGAUUAGCAUUGUUCUCUGAAUUCAUUUUCUGUUGGAUUAUCUUUCAGGUUGCAUAUCUGAUAAGAUUCUACAAGGUCUCACAAUCUUGACUUUCCAGUCCUUGCCGUAGAAUCACAGUAGCCUUUUACAGUCUGCUUGCUCCAUUUUUUAUUCCAUAGUCAUCAAGAACGUCAUUCAAAGAGAGCGCACACGGUCUGCCCUGAUCCAGUACAGUGAGAUCCGUAGCCAUAAACAGGUUUCCAGCCAAGGCAGGUAUAUAUGAGCAUUUGGACACACAUUCUCAUCAGUGCUCAUUUGGUCCAUGUUGGACCGACUGGAUGCAUAACCUCAUUUGGGCCCUUCUCCUUUUUACCUUGCAACUUCAGCUGGAUUUCAGACCAUUGUCUUGAGGAGAGGAACAUACAAAACAUUUGUGCAUCCAGAAAUUUAAAUAAAUGCCAAAGCUAAAUUGGCAGUGCUAUAUCCAUAAGGCUAAACUGGUGUUUUGGUUCUAUGGUAUAAAAGCACAAGGAUCAGAAGAGUUAGUGAAUAAUGGAGGUUGCUGAGAUUAGGGCUUGGCAUCUUAAAAUGAUUAUAAAGUCUUUGAUUAUUAUUUUCUGGAGUGGAUAACAUAUAGUCUCUUAACUGCAUUUUGUACAGCUUGUCACCACCAACAGAACUGACAUUAUUGGCAUGCCACAUUCAUCAGCAGAAAGAAUGGAAGGUAACAACUUGUUUUGCAUGUACAGCAUCACUUUGGAAUUGUUUUCAUCUCCUAGGACUAAAAAAAGGCAAAAUAGCAAUAAUAGGGUGUGUACAUAACAUUGUUGAGUUUUCUCUUGGUCUUAGUCUAGUUUUCCUUUUACAACAUACACUGGAUAUGUCUGCAGUAGUAGAAUCAUAGGUUCAGCUGUCAAGCUAAACCAUGGGUUGGCAUAAUGCAAGCAAGCCCUGGCCUUCAUGCUCCCCUCCAUCAUGCCAUUCUGCAUUGCCUCUUUUGCAGCAAAACCAGUUUACUGUUACAUCCAAACCACUAGACUAUGGUUGCAUCUGCCCUCCAAACUAGACCAAUAAUGAUCAAACUGUAGUAUGCAGCUGUGAUAUGGUCACAGAAUCAUGGUUUGCAGGUUUGGAUAUAAUGGCACAUUAUGCUUUUGUCCAUAAAAAGGGGAAUGGAAUCAGAGCAGAGGAGAAGAGGUGGGUGUGCAAGCCUGAGGCUUGGUAAUGCACGUGAACUGAGCCAUUCUGACAUUUCAGCAAGGUGAUCAUAAAAUUGAUCAUGUAAAUGAUGUCAAAUAAGCAAGAUAAGUGAAGAGUUCUAGAUCGUAUGAGUGGCCAGAUUCAAUCUGGAAUCAAUCACAGGACUUUAGUAAACAGAUAUAGGGAAGUUUCCCUGACAUAUUUCUUAGACAUACAAGCAAUACAUAUACGGUGUGUCUUGGGGUUAUUUUAGCUAUGUGAGAUACAUAGGACCUGUCUUUAGCGAUGACAAUGCUGAUACAAAACACAGUUUGAGAUGCUGAUGUUCAGGUAGCAGCACUCCAGAGUUACCUUCCACCUCUCUCAUUGAUAGUGGUAAACAAUAAGCUUUACACUUUAGCAAGCAUAACUCAGUUAAAUAAGCUGUUCACUUAUCUACAUGAAACCAAUGUUUAGUUUACCUAUAGCAGGCAGAGGGGAGGGGACAAUAGAGAUGACAUUUUUAAUGACGAUGACACCCUACUUUUUUUUUUACUGCACUUUUCUCUGCAGUGGUGCAGAUGUUUAUGGCAUCCAACACCACCGUAGAUUCCAUCCAAGCUUUAGAUUUACAAAUGUCCAGUCAAACUGCACAAAUUUUUGUUGCUAUGUUGAUUUCUGCUAUUUCCUCCCUAUCAGAUGCUCACAUAAUGUGCAAGCCAAAAAAAA